CAGAACCAGGCAACUCAGCUGGUACGGAACCGGACGCAGCGUGCUGGGUGGUUCUGAUAGCUCUGUCAAAAAUGUUUAGAAUAACGAUACGGGCAGAUGUAGGAUCUUUUUGGUUCUUUUUCUGCGUCAUUUAUACUCAGGUCCUGUCCGGCUCCUCUGACGACAUAGUGGUGGCCUGUGGUGGAUUUGUGAAAUCCGACGUAGAAAUCAACUACUCCCUGAUCGAGAUCAAACUGUACACCAAACAAGGCUCCUUAAAGUAUAUAGUAGACUGUGCUCCACUCAAUGGCUACUUCAUGAUCCCUCUCUAUGACAAGGGGGACUUCAUUCUGAAGAUCGAACCUCCUCUCGGCUGGAGCUUUGAGCCAACCAGUGUGGACCUGCAUGUGGAUGGAGUCAGUGAUAUCUGCACCAAAGAAGAAGACAUCAAUUUUGUUUUUACAGGAUUCUCUGUCUCAGGAACGGUGCUGAGUAAGGGCCACCUUCUGGGCCCCGCUGGCGUUGAAGUCAAACUGAGCCAAGCAGGAACAGAUGAAAAACCCAAGAGCGUGUUCACACUGCCUGGAGGGAAGUACACCUUCUUCAAAGUGCUUCCUGGAAGUUAUGAUAUCACAGCUUCCCACCCUUCUUGGUCUCUGGAAAAGAGUAAGACCGCCGUGCAUGUCUCCAAUGCCAACGCUCUGGCCUCCGAGCAUCUGUUGGUCGGAGGUUACGAUGUCUCUGGGGAGGUCCGCAGUGAUGGAGAGCCCAUGAAGGAGGUCACCUUUCUGCUGUACUCGGCCACGGUCAGAGGAGAGGACAUCAGUGGCUGUAACAUGUCUCCAGUGGACGGAGCGGACCUGGAGGACAGCUCUCUCGUCUACCUGUGCAGCACUCAGUCAAGGAAUGAUGGCACCUUCACUUUUCCUUCAUUGGCCAGCGGCGAGUACACCGUUGUGCCUUUCUACCGAGGAGAAAGGAUCACUUUCGAUGUUGCUCCCUCUAGGAUGAACUUUAAGGUGGAACACAACAGCUUAAAACUCGAGCCCAUCUUCCGUGUCAUGGGUUUUUCUGUGACGGGCCGAGUCCUCAACAGUGUUGACGGGGAGGGCGUUCCUGAUGCUGCUGUCUCACUCAACAACCAGAUCAAGGUUGUCAGUAAGGAGGACGGCUCCUUCCGGUUGGAGAACAUGACUGCAGGUGUCUACACCAUUCGUGUCAACAAGGAGCUCAUGCUUUUUGAGCCAAUCACCGUAAAGAUUGCCCCUAACACACCUCAGCUUCCUGACAUCAUCACAGCGGGGUUCAGCGUUUGUGGCCAGAUCUCCAUCAGCCGCCUGCCUGAGGGCAUGAAGCAGCAGGGCCGCUAUAAGGUCACUCUGACCCACCGGGGCCAGGACAAGGCUCUCAGCUGGACCACCGAUUCAGACCCUCAGGGGGCUUUCUGCUUCCAGGCCAAACCAGGGAACUACAGCGUCCAUGUGUCUCUCCCUGAUGCUGAGGUGAAAGCAGGUCUCGCCCUUCAACCUCAGGCCUUGGAGGUCUCACUAGUAGACCGCCCCCUCACAGACCUCCUUUUCACCCAGUUCAUGGCUUCUGUCUCAGGAAAAGUUUUCUGUCUGGCUUCCUGUGACAGUCUGUCUGUAACUCUGCAACCGGUGAGUCGGCAGGGAGAGAGGAGGACGGUGGCUUUGUCUGGCAGCGCCGACACCCUCAGCUUCAACUUUGACAAUGUUUUACCUGGAAAAUACAAAGUGGGUAUUUCUCACGAAGAGUGGUGCUGGAAACAUAAAUCUCUGGAAGUGGAGGUUCUGGACUCGGAUGUCUUGGGCGUCGAGUUCAGACAGAUCGGCUACAUCCUGCGUUGCUCCCUCUCCCACGCCAUCACUUUGGAGUUCUUCCAAGACGGCAGCAAACCUGAGAAUGUUGGCGUCUAUAACCUCUCUAAAGGAGUCAAUCGCUUUUGCCUUUCCAAACCAGGUGUUUACAAAGUCACCCCCCGCUCCUGCCAUCAGUUUGAGCAGGACUUCUACACUUAUGAUACUUCGUCUCCCAGCAUCCUGACCCUCACCGCAGUGCGUCAUCACAUGACUGGCCUCAUCACCACAGACAAGAUGCUGGAUGUCACUGUCACAAUCAAAUCAUCCAUCGAAAGCGAGCCGGCGCUGGUUCUGGGGCCGCUACGCAGCCUGGAGGAGCAGAGGCAGGAGCAGCAGCUGCAGGAGAUUCAGCUACGGCAACAGGAACGAGAGCGAAGAGCGGCCGAGGAGCAGGGGGGCGUUAGAGAUGACAGUCCCCCCAUUCAGGAGAAGGCGGAUGAAUUGACGGGCCCGUUUCACUAUGAGUUCUCCUACUGGGCCAGGGCUGGUGAGAAGAUCACAGUCACACCAUCUUCCAAGGAGCUGCUCUUCUACCCCCCUGAAGUGGAGGCAACUAUAACAGGCGAAUCGUGCCCUGGUCGGCUGGUGGACAUCGUUGGGCGUGCAGGUCUCUUCUUAGAGGGCAGAGUGUCGCCUAAGCUCCAAGGUGUGGAAAUAUCCAUCACAGAGAGAGGAGCUUCUGUGCCGCUCAUUACUGUGGCCACUAAUGAGAUGGGAGCCUACAGCGUGGGCCCGCUCCACAGUGACCGGCUCUACGACAUCAGCGCCAGUAAGGAAGGCUUUGUCCUGAGUCCUGUGGAGGGAACCCCUGGAGACUUCAAGGCAUUUGCUCUAGCUGGUGUCACCUUCAAGAUACUAUCAGAUGACGGUCAGCCGCUGUCUGGUGUGCUUCUCUCUCUGAGUGGAGGACAUUUCCGUUCCAACCUUUUGACUCAGGACACCGGUCUUCUCACCUUUAAUAAUCUGAGUCCAGGUCAGUACUACUUCAAGCCAAUGAUGAAGGAGUUCCGCUUUGAGCCGGCGUCUCAAAUGAUCACAGUGGAGGAGGGUCAAAACCUGAGCAUCGAUAUAACGGGCGUCAAGACUGCUUACAGCUGCUACGGAGCGGUGCAGUCCCUGAGCGGCGACGCAGAGAGAGACGUGGCCGUGGAGGCGGUGGGUCAGGGAGACUGCAGCCUCUACAGUGAGGACACCGUCACUGAUGAGGAGGGUCGAUUCAGACUCCGGGGUCUGCUGCCGGGAUGCAAAUAUCUGAUACAGCUCCGAGCUGAGGGCAACGACCACAUAGAGAGGGCAUUACCUCAACACAGAUCUAUAGAGGUUGGCAGCAGUGACAUUGAAGGGGUCAACAUCAUCGCCUUCAGGCAGAUCAAUCAGUUCGACCUCAGCGGGAACAUCAUCACAUCUCCUGAACAUCUCCCAACACUCUCGGUGAAACUGUACAAGAGCGACAACCUGGACAAUCCAAUCAACACCGUGUCUUUGGGACAGUCCCUCUUCUUCCACUUUCCCCCUCUGGAUAGGGAUGGAGAGAGCUAUGUUCUCAUGCUCUACUCCACCCUGUCCCGCUCCCAGUAUGACUUUACGCUACCUCAGGUCUCCUUCACUUCCACUGGUUACCACAAGCACGUCACCCUCACCUUCAACCCUACUCGUAAAGUGCCGGACCAGGAUGUUGCACAAGGCUCCUACAUUGCUCUGCCUCUAACUUUGCUCUUGCUGUUAGCGGCGUACAACCAUGAGAAGGUGAUUCCACUCUUGUUGCAGCUGGUGAAUCGUGUCCAGGGUGCGAGGAGCAUGGCUCAGACCAGCACAGACAGCGCUGCUCUAGAUGAAGCUAAACGUCAGGCUAAAAGACAGAAAGCCAGGCGUACGUGAGGCGGGUCCAUCCCUCACAUCUUUGUCCACUAAACUGAACACUAGCCACAGUGACCUCAAAGAACGAAGAGGACUCGCUUCACAGGCCUCUAGGCCCAUGUGUUGGUUUGCUAGUGAACUGUUUAGCUGGCCAAGAUGUGAUUUAGAUGGGGAAAAAACCUGAACCCCUUAACAUGCUUUGGCAACACCUCGUCAGCCAAUCGGAUUCACCAGACAAACAUAAAGCUGGGGCUUUACAUUUGUUUGUUUUCCACCAGUUUUUGUACAUCAUACCUGUUCAUAUUUUUAUACAUUUGGAAUUAAUUAUGGUCAACAUGUUCAUUUUUAAGCUCUUACCUGCCUCUCAUGUUUUUAUUGUUCAGGUUCAGGACUUCAGGUGUUACAUUUCUAUCUGGGCUAAGGUCAGUUUAGAUGGUGCGCGGUAGUUUUAUUCAGACUGUGGCAUGAAUUCAAUCAGACUGAAUUAAUUCACCUGUAAAUAUGACACCAGGUGUUCUGUUCUAAACUGAGCUAAAUCUGCUAACAGAGAUGCUAAAUCCUCUGAGUUACAGUGACACACUCCACCUAUGAUGGUGUUCUCCUCUGAAGAUAACCCUUCACUUCGUGUCCAUGUCAGGAAAAGCAUAAGAAGGCAGUGAAGAUCACAAUGCUUUUUUUUUUUUUUUUUAAGAAGCCGGGGUAAGGGGGAAAUAGCUGAUUAAUUUAUUAACUUGUUUAAUCAGAUGUGAAUGAUGAGUAGUGGUGUUGAGUGCAGCUUUUUGUGUGAUUAUCUAGUGUUAAAAGUUGAAAAGUCAUCCUUAAAACUGUGAGUUGAUGUGACUCUACACAUCGCCUGUCAUGAGUCAAACGAUUCAAACUUUUUCUGAUUUAUUAUUAUUUCCUGUCUAGUUUCACUUUAACUCCAGGGUUAAUGUUUAGCUGAUUGAGGAGAAGGGGAGGGAAUCUUUCAUUAGUUCAUGAUCUUUUCUUUUUGAUUUUUGACAAAAUAAAGUUUGACUGAAAAAGGAGA